AUGGCGCUGGCCAGUGUGUUGGAGAGCUCGGUCCCGGUGAACCGGCACGGGUUCUUCGGGCUCGGGGGUCGUGCGGAUCUGUUGGACCUGGGUCCAGGUAGUCCCAGCGAUGGGCUGAGCCUCGCCGCGCCCAGCUGGGGUGUCCCAGAGGAGCCGAGGAUCGAAAUACUUCAUGGAACCACCACCCUGGCCUUCAAGUUUAAACAUGGAGUCAUUGUUGCAGCGGACUCUCGGGCCACAGCAGGUGCCUACAUUGCCUCCCAGACGGUGAAGAAGGUGAUAGAGAUCAACCCCUACCUGCUGGGCACCAUGGCUGGAGGUGCCGCAGAUUGCAGCUUCUGGGAGCGGCUAUUGGCUCGGCAAUGUCGAAUCUAUGAGCUUCGAAACAAGGAACGCAUCUCAGUAGCAGCUGCCUCCAAACUGCUCGCCAACAUGGUUUAUCAGUACAAAGGCAUGGGGCUGUCCAUGGGCACCAUGAUCUGUGGCUGGGAUAAGAGAGGCCCUGGCCUCUACUACGUGGACAGUGAAGGAAACCGGAUCUCGGGGGUCACCUUCUCUGUAGGUUCUGGCUCUGUGUAUGCAUAUGGGGUCAUGGACCGGGGUUACUCCUAUGACCUAGAGGUGGAAGAGGCCUAUGAUCUGGCCCGUCGAGCCAUCUACCAAGCCACCUAUAGAGAUGCCUACUCAGGAGGUUCGGUCAACCUCUACCAUGUCCGUGAGGAUGGCUGGAUCCGAGUCUCCAGUGAAAAUGUGGCUGAUUUACAUGACAAGUACACUGGAUCUACCCCCUGA